AGCAAUUCCUGAAGAACGCCGCUUUGAACUAUUUCGAGAACCAAUUGGUUGAAGAAAAAUGGUUCUACAGCGCUGUAACGGACGAGAUACGGAUGCUGGUUUCCUGAAAUAGAAUGUCUCGUGGACAGGGAAGUGGACAUCAUCGGGAUGAUGGACAAGAUGGUCAUUAAAAUCAUGGGCCUACUGUUGACCGGAAAUCGUAUCACGGAGUCAAGCGGAGAAUUCGAAUCGCUUACCGGCUUUAUACAGCCCGCCAACGAGCUGGCCAAGGUUAAGAACCAGUCGUUGCUGACGAUGCUGCCGAUACUGCGCAAGGUACCCGGCUGUAAUCUCAAGAACCUGUACGACGCACUCAAGGCCGGGAAAAUAGAUCUGCGACAUUGCUUCCUAAAUGGGACAGAGCAAAGCAUGCGCGGCCUCGUGUUUAUGUUGAGGAGUUUGCGCGUUACCAUGGAGAUGGAAGGCGGAGAGUCCUGGAUAGACGAUGAUUUCAUCAUGGGCGUUGUCAUGGACCUAAUACCCGCAGCCAUUGUGCCUUUACAGAACACCAUCUCGGUUUUAUUCCUUGUGCUCGUGCACAACCCAGCUGUUCAGGACAAAAUACGCGAGCAUUUAACGUCCCUGAACGCUGAUGUUACCAUCGACGACAUCCAGAAGUUACCAUACAUCGAGGCGUGCAUUCUGGAGCUCAAGCGCUUCCAUACGCCACUCCCGGUGUCCGCAAGACACUGCAAUCGAUCUGGGGACGCUAUAAUUGAGGAUUACAACAUACCAAAAAAUACAGAGAUAUUUUCCAACUUGUUCGGGAUUCACCACGACGAGAGGUUCUUUAACGAUCCCUGGUCUUUCAAGCCGGAACGCUUCAUUGCGGAAGAUGGGUCUCGAGUAGGGCCCGAACAUCCUGUCAUGAAAAACAUGGUGGUCACGGGAGUGGGUCCAAGACGGUGUCUCGGCUCUACGUUUUCAGAGAAAGUCAUAUUCCUUGUGGUUGCCAUGCUCAUGAAGAACUUUCGACUGUGUCCAAACAGACAACAAGAGCUUCCACUCUGCGACCCCAGAAAGUUCACCUCCGGUAUCGUGACGAAGUCGCCCGAUUUCACCUGCGUAUUUCAGCCUUAUAUGCUCUAACAAUAUUUUGUUAACGACUAGAAGCACAGAUGGGUGCUUGAGUCAUUUGAGCUGUGAUUUUAUGCUUUUUCGGACCGCUGAAGGUCUUGAUUGUGUGUUAUUGGAUCGACAAUCGAAUUAUUAUAAACCUAAAUAUGCUAUAUUUAUUGCGUUUUAUUACUUAUUAUGUUACACGUGACGUGUAAUUUUUACAUUUGAACAUUCACAUUGUUAAUGUUUUGCAUACCACGUUAAUAAAAAAAAGUAUUCAG